GGGUGUCGUCCUAGUAGAGUGCCUGUUCCGCAGGUACAGAUCCAGUGUGUGUGCAGUCAUGAGGCAGCUGUGGUUGGCUUUAAUGUUCUUAGUGGCCUGCAGCCAAGGGGAGAGUAAAGGUGGGCUGGGGGUCAUGCUCAAGUGCUGGCGGGUGCCGGGGCGACUGCGGCAGGUGGAGGCUGGACAGGGCAAAGUGUAUGGGAUAGGCCUGGACAACGUGCCCAAGAGGCUGGUGGGGAGGUGCUGGUCGCCCCUGGACGGGCACAUGAAGCACAUCUCCGUGGGUCCCGCCGGCGUUUGGGCGACUGACCUGAAGAGAAACUUAUACACCCUGCAGGAGGACACCUGGAAGCAGGUGCCAGGGACUCUGGAGCAGGUUGACGCUGGCGGAAGCGGGUUUUUGACGGGGGUGAAAGAGUGCCACCUGGCCUUCUGCGCGGACAUCGUGCCGGGAGCGGCGACGCUCAGCUGGACGCUCAUCCCGGGGAAGCUGGGAUACUAUUCCUGCGGGCCGGAGGCCUGCUGGGGAGUGGGCGAGGCCGGGGAGGUGUACGUGAGGACGGGCGCGCAGAGGGGCGACUGCGUGGGGAAAACAGCGACCACGGACUCCAGGGCCCGCAUGGCCAAGGUGGAGGUGGGCAGCGACGGGUCCGUGUUCGCACUGAGCACCACGGGUGUGCCUUACGAGAGAGUGGGCAUCAGCAGCAGCGCCCCUCAGGGCACGGGAUGGGUGCGUCUCCGGGGCGUGGAGCCCAUCCACAGCCUCUCCUACGACAGGUACACCCUCUGGCUCCUCAACUACCACGGAGAACUCCGCCGCUGCAUUAAAGUCCCAGUCCAGAAAUAGUUCUGCCUUUCAUAUUCUCUGUUCUCCGGCAGAAACGCGACGUAAGCUUUCUCUCCCGUGUGAACAGUGAACUGAACUGUACACAAAUGGGAGGAAAAGGGUAAUGUCAACCCAUACCCAAAUACUUAGUGAAACAUGAUGCAAAUUCACCUGGACCUUCGGCUUCAUAAUGAGAUUUAAAUGAUCUAAAUGAAUAUAAGCAUUCAGGAACAAUUGCUACGUGUUUCCUCAACAAUGUGCAUUUAGGCUAUUUUGUAAUGUGAAGUUCAUUUUCCACGUUAUCGUCUGAAUGGUAUACUAUCAAAUGUUAGUCCACUCAUUUAUAAAUGAGGGGGCUCUUUACUGCUGUGUGAUUACACAUCACAAUUACAUUUAGACCAUACAGAAAAGUGAUUAUUACAAUGCUGCUCAAACCACUGAGCGAGGAGACCUUAUUGUUCU